AUGACUCUACCCGUCUCCAGGUCUACCAUACUCCUGGGGGAUCAAUCCUUGGACGUCGCUGAUCUUGAAGUGAUUGACUUCGAGAAGAUCGUUGGCAAGGACCCAGUCGAGACGGCAAAGCUUUUGAAGGCAGCCGAGUCGACAGGAUUCUUCUUUUUCACGUUCAGCGGGAGCUUCUCCGAGAACCUUGCAGACUAUCUGCGGACUGCUUAUCAGAACUGCCAUGGCUAUUUUACCAAAGAUUUGGACGAGAAGAUGAAGGAUUUCAGGGAGGUGGAUCGUGGCUACAAGCAUAGACCAGGUGUUGAGUCGUACGAGAUUGCCCGAGACGAACAGCAGAGCAUCAACUUGCCCACCCCCUUCGCAGAGAACGCUAGCGCCACGCACCAUCUUAUGGAUUACUGUGAUACCAUAGUCCGUGUCUGUCUCCGCAGCCUUUCAGAUAGCAUUGGGCGUGACGGAUCUUCGAGUCUGGAAAACUCUCAUCCCCCCAGCGGACCGAGUGACUCUGGACUGAAGCUCGUCUCUAGUCCAACUCUGGCACGCACAGCCGAUGUACCUGAUUCCACUCACACCGACAGUGGCUCGAUCACCUUGCUCUGGUGCGAGAAAUGGGCCAGCCAGUUGCGAACCAAGGAGAGCAAAGAAUGGCUGUGGGUUGAGCCUAAGCCGGAUUGCGUCUUGGUCAAUGUCGCAGAUUAUGUGCAAAAGGAGACUGGCGAUCGCCUGCACUCACCUGUCCAUCGGCUCACACAGCCGGCUGAUGGUGUAGUGGACCGGUACUUUGUGUCCUACUACCUCAGGCCGACACACUAG